GUAAGCUACUUCAAACUCAAAGGUUAACUGACCAAGCAACCAAGGAAGAAGAACAGCAUAGUUUUCUUUUUUGAGAGGGGAACAGUUAUAUACAUUUCUUUUUUGAGAGGGGAACAGUUGUACUUUCAGCAGAGAAGAAAUAGACAACUAAAUUAAAACUGCAUUCCCUUGCAACGAGCCAAUGACCCAACCGACCCAAAGACCUAUAAAACCACCCGUGUUAGUGUACCCAGACGGACAUACACGCUCCAAAGCAGCAGGAGCAACGGUGCAGCUAGCCACCAUGAAGCGCUUCUCCAGCUUGGCCUCGGCGCUCGCCGUCGUGACCCUGGCAGCCUGGACCGCCGCCGUGGGCGCCUGCAUCGACGUCGGCUUCUACGACCAGACCUGCCCAUCGGCCGAGGCCCUGGUGCAGCAGACCGUCGCCGCCGCCUUCGUCAAUGACUCCGGCGUUGCUCCGGCCCUCAUCCGCCUCCACUUCCACGACUGCUUCGUCAAAGGGUGCGACGGGUCGGUGCUGAUCGACUCGACGCCGGGGAACAGGGCGGAGAAGGACUCGGCGGCCAACAACCCAAGCCUCCGCUUCUUCGACGUGGUGGACCGUGCCAAGGCGGCCGUGGAGGCGGCGUGCCCUGGUGUGGUCUCCUGCGCCGACGUCCUGGCCUUCGCAGCGCGGGACAGUGUCGUGCUCUCCGGCGGCCUCGGCUACCAGGUGCCCUCGGGCCGCCGCGACGGCCAGGUCUCCACGGAGCAGAAUGCCGACGAUAACCUCCCCGGCCCGACCUCCACCGCCUCCCAGCUUGCCACCGGCUUCGCCCGCAAGAACCUCACCCUCGACGACAUCGUCAUUCUCUCCGGCGCCCACACCAUCGGCGUCUCCCACUGCAGCAGCUUCACCGACCGCCUCUACAAUUUCAACUCAUCCGACAAAAUUGAUCCGGCGCUGAGCAAGGCGUACGCGUUCCUGCUGAAGGGCAUCUGCCCGCCGAACAGCAACCAGACGUUCCCGACGAUGACGACGCUGAUGGACCUGAUGACGCCGGUGAGGUUCGACAACAAAUACUACCUGGGGCUCGUCAACAACCUGGGCCUCUUCGAGUCUGAUGCGGCGCUGCUGACCAACACCACCAUGAGAGCACUGGUGGACUCCUUCGUGAGCAGCGAGGCUGCGUUCAAGACGGCUUUCGCACGGUCCAUGAUCAAGCUGGGCCAGAUUGAGGUGCUCUCCAGGUCGCAGGGCGAGAUCAGGCGCAACUGCAGGGUCAUCAACCCUACCACCACCCAGCUGGUGGCUGCGAGCUGAUCUGUUGUCAGUACAUGUGUGUGUGUGUGUGAUGUGAUGUCAGUGUGAUGCGA